AUGUUCGCCAAGACCGCCGUUGUUCUCCUGGCUGCUGCCGCCGGCCUUGUCAGCGCUCUCCCUGAGCCCACCCGUGUUCGAUCUGCUCCCGAGGCCAAGCGAACUGAGCACUUUGGUAUUGGAACUGUCUACGACCAGAUGGGUGCCUUUGGAUCCUGCGGCGAGAAGCACAGUGAUGACGAGCUGAUCGUUGCCCUCACCCCCAGCUGGCAGGGCAACGGCUUCCCUCCCAAGUACUGUGGCCGCAAGGUCUUUAUCCAGAACACUGGCAGCAACGACGGUGUUGGCGGCGCCGGACGAACCGUCAUUGCAACUGUCAAGGAUACUUGCCCUGGCUGCCCUACUCCGGACAGCAUUGAUCUGUCUCAUGGAGCUUGGAACCAGCUCACCAACUUUGCUCCUUUCGGAACUAUCAACAUUGAGUGGCACUUCUGCAACGAGAACGGCCAGUGCUAA